UUGAAUACAUUAGACCACUUUUGUUGUAUUCUCCAACUUGAAAAAUAAUUUCUCUUAAAAAAAUGAUUGUCUAGGCUCUAGCUACCUCCGUCUCUGUUUCUCUCUCCUGCCGGCUUCCAUUUCUAACUGCUGCUCUGUUAACAGGCUUCAUUCUUACAACCUAAGUCACCCCCUCGAAAACACAAACACGCCGCAAUCUGUACUUCAAAUAAAUAUACUUGUGUGUUGUGCUUCAAUAUAUCAACAUGGGUGUGUUGGACAUAAUAACUAGAGUUGAUGUUAUCUGCAACAAGUAUGAAAAAUACGAUUUAGAUAAGCAGAAGCAAGUCAACAUUGCUGCCGGCGCUUCUGAUGAUGCUUUUUUACGCCUUUACGCGGCUGUGGAUGCAGACCUUCAUCAAAUUCUUCAGAAAGGAGAGACAGCGGCAUUGGAGAUGAAGAGAGCAGUAGCUGUAGCGAUUAAUGCUGAGAUACGACGCUCCAAGGCUCGUUUGCUUGAGGAUAUCCCCAAGUUACAGAGACUUGCUUUCAAAAAGGUGAAGGGGCUUUCAAAGGAAGAGCUUGAGGCCCGAAGCGAAUUGGUUGCUGCACUCAAAGAGAGGAUUGAGGCAGUGCCUGAUGGAUCCACAGUUGCAACUAAACAAACUGGUGGUUUAACAGCCUCAGGAUCAAAUGCUGGAUUCGUAUAUAAUCAAACCUCAGAUGGAAAUUUCGACAGUGACUACUUUCAGCAUACUGAAGAGACCGAUGCUUUCAGGCAAGAAUAUGAGAUGAGGAAAAUGAAGCAAGAUGAAGGUCUGGAUGACAUAGCAGAAGGCUUACAUACAUUAAAGAACAUGGCCCAUGACAUGAAUGAGGAACUCGAUAGGCAAGUCCCCCUGAUGGAUGAAAUUGAUGACAAGGUUGACAAGGCAAAUUCGGAGCUAAGGAAUGCUAAUGUGCAAUUGAAGGAUACAAUUACAAGGCUUAGAUCAAGUCGCAACUUCUGCUGCGAUAUCUUCCUCUUAUGCAUAAUUCUGGGCAUUGCUGCGUAUCUGUACAAUGUCCUCAAGUGAGCUUGAUACGAAGACAAAUAUGGAAACUCCAGCAUAUCUACAUUAUAAUUUUCUGUUUUAACCAGAUCCAGACAUUCCGAAAUUUAUCACUGUAUUUUCUUGUCCGUUGAGUAAUAUCUAAUGUUUUGUUAUCAAAAUUGUCUUUCAAGACAAUGUUAAAUUGUCAUAGCACGAAGCUCAGAUUUACUUU